AGUCCUACAAAUUACAAGCGGUCUGUCUCUACCUCCCUGAGCCGCAUCAAGGUCGGCCCAGAACGAACAGCGCCAAUGGCGUCUCGCUCCCUGGCCUUCACUCUCAGAUGGAGAUUUGGAAAUAGUGGGUUUACCAACGGCAAUUAUCGUUCGCUAUCUAUCCUCAGUAGAGCGAAUCUCUCUAGAUUUCUCUCUUCGCGAGCGUUGGGAACUGAUUUUGUGGAAGAGCCUUCGAACUUUUCCGAAGUUGAGGACGAUCUGAGGAACAGAUUGUUCAGGCUAAGGCUACCAAAGCGAAGCGCCACAAAUGUUCUUCAGAAAUGGGUCAGCGAAGGGAAUCAUAUUUCGGUGUCCGAACUACGGGAUAUUUCCAGAGAACUCAGAAAAUCUCAACGUUACAAACACGCAUUGGAGAUAUCUGAAUGGAUGGUCACCCAUGAAGAAUACGAGUUAUCAGACUCCGAUUAUGCAGUCCGCAUAGACUUGAUGACCAAAGUUUUUGGCAUUGAUGCUGCAGAGCGCUAUUUUGAGGGCCUACCUCUUUCUGCAAAGACAAGUGAAACCUACACUGCCCUCCUUCAUUCUUAUGCAGGAGCAAAAUUCACUGAAAAGGCUGAGGAGCUUUAUCAAAGGAUAAAGAAUUCAAACCUCUCCUUUAAUGCCCUGAUGUACAAUGAAAUGAUGACUCUCUACAUGUCAGUUGGGCAGGUUGAAAAGGUCCCAUUUAUUGUUGAAGAUCUGAAACAGCAGAAGGUUUUACCAGAUAUCUUCACUUACAAUUUGUGGAUUAGUUCUUGUGCUGCUACUCUUAAUAUUGAUGAAGUUAGAAGGAUACUUGAUGAAAUGAGUCACGCUGGUUCUAAUGAAAGUUGGAAAAGAUACGCUGACCUUGCCAAUAUAUAUGUUACUGUAGGACAUCUUGAUAAUGCAGGCGCCAACUCACUUGUUGAACCUGAGAAAGCGACACAGAGAGAAUGGAUUACCUAUGACUUCCUGAUCAUACUAUAUGCUGGGUUGGGAAGUAAGGAUAAAAUUGAUCAGAUAUGGAAAUCCCUUAGAAUGACUAAACAGAAAAUGAUUAGCAGGAAUUAUAUCUGUAUUCUGUCUUCAUAUCUGAUGCUAGGCCACAUGAAAGAAGCAGCAGAAGUUAUUGAGCAAUGGACGCGAUCUACGAACACAGAUUUUGACAUGCUUGCCUGUGAAAAACUUGUGGGUGCAUUUACAGACAUGGGGUUGGCUGAAAUAGCGGACAACUUCAAUAGGAUUCUCAUUCAGAAAAGCCUUAAUGCAGAAAAUAAUUGACUAUAUAGUUCUGUUGACAUCAAUAAAUGUGAUCUGAGCAUCAAACAGUUACAGUUUUCACAUUAAUUUUACGCUGACAUGAAGAAGAGAAUAUAUUUAUAUGUUAUUUCAUUUGUAGUUCAUUGAUCCAUCCCUAGCAUGUACCCUACAGGUUUGAUGGAAGUUUUGCAUUGAAUUGUGGAAAUGUAAGAUUCCAUUUCUCCUCAAUUUUAUGUAGCUGCUGAUAGUCACCUUUCAUGUGAAGAGCCUUCAGAUUUUACUUAUUUUGGUCAUUCUUGUGAUCAUACAGAAGUAGUUUUCAGAAUUA